AUGCAAAAACAAGGCAUUGCAAAGCAGGAGUGGGAGGAUUUCGAGGAUUUCACCAGUAACCUGAGGCAUCGCUGCAACGUGGCUCUGCUGGAGUCCUUGAGCCUGCGUGUUACUCACAGCAGGGCACCUGGUUUUCGUCCCCAUAAACAAGCAGGUGGAUGGCUCCGACGUGCCAUGAAGUACUGCACCCCCGACCUUCCCCGUCAGCACGCUGACCGACUGAGCUCCAGUUCAUGGCGCCUCAAGAGGCUGCAUCUCUGCAAUGUGGCUCUGGAUGCUCGUUUCGGGAACCAUGUCUGUUCGGCGUGCAGAUCAUUGGAGGAUUCGGAGCUGGAGGACUGCACGUGUGCGUUUCAAGCAAUCACCUCUGGCUCACUGAAGAGCUUGGUUCUGAAGAACUGCUGGUGGAACUAUCUCACUGAGAUCACAUCACCCACACUGAAGCGCUUAGUUGUCGCUGGUGGCUCGAAUAAUGCUCCCUGUGUUGUCGUGGCCCCCGCGAUUGCUCAUCUGUGCCUCUUUACUUUGCUAGAAGUAUUUCAGUGGAUCGGAUGCCAUCACUGCCAAGGCUUUGACUUAUCUAUCGAUGAGGUCAUAGAGACAGUGUAUUGGCAAGUAAACUUUAUUGUCAUAAAUCCUUAG